AUGGGUGCACUAGAUCCCAUUUUGGGAGAGCUGUCGAUCAGCCAUGCCUUCUGGGGCGUGAUCGUGUCGAGUACAUUCACUUUUCUCAUGAAACUAUACGCUGCACGACGCAGGUUCCUUCGUCUAAAGGAACGCAACUUGCCCAUGCCACCAUGGAGCCCCCUAUUCGGCCACCUGCUUUAUGUGGCAUCGAUCAUGUCCAAUCUGCCUCGAGACUGCCAUCCCCAUUAUAUGGCAGGUGAGAUACGUCGAGCAAUGCCUGAGCUGGGUCCUCUAUUCUACCUGGACCUGUGGCCCUUUGGGCCGCAGAUGUUAAUCGUGAGCUCGCCGGACGCAGCUUAUCAGAUCACGCAGAAGCAUUCCUUGCCCAAGUACCAUGCUUUGCGCAGGUUCCUCUAUCCACUGACGCACGGGUUCGACUUGUUAACUAUGGAAGGGAAUUACUGGAGGGAGUGGAGAGCUAUAUUCAGUCCCGGGUUCAAUGGCAGCCAUCUCAUGACACUCGUUCCUGGUUUAGUAGAGGAUACAGAGGCUUUCUGCGAUAUCCUGCAUGAACGAGCCAGGAAAGGAGUGCUUGCUCCAUUGCAUGAGGCUACCACCAAUCUUGCGAUGGACGUCAUCGGCCGAGUCGCACUAGACACCCAGUUAAACACCCAGCGUGGGCAGAACCCGCUGGCGAAGGCUUUACGCAAUCAGAUCCCUUGGCUUAAUUUUGGGAAUGAUAUGGAUCUCCUCGCCCGGUUCAAUCCAUUUCGCCCACUCAUCUGUUGGCGUAACAAGAGAACCAUGGACCAAUACCUGGCUCGAGAACUAGACACACGGUACCGCACGAAAUCGAUGACGCUGGUCAACGGUGCAGAACGCGGGAGGUCUAUCACAGAUCUAGCCAUCGAUACAUACCUCAACAGGUCAACAGGCACCCAACGCCUGGAUGAGACUUUCAUGAAAUUCGCCAUAAACCAGAUCAUCCUGUUCAUGUUCGCCGGACACGACACGACCAGCAGCACUAUAUGUUACGCCCUCUAUCUGCUUUCUACCCAUCCUUUGGCGCUUGCUGAACUUCGCAAGGAGCAUGAUACAGUCUUGGGUACCAAUACUUCUGAAACUGCCACAUUACUACGUCAGUCUCCGUAUCUGUUGAACCAGCUUCCCUAUACCUUGGCAGUCAUCAAAGAAACCCUCCGCCUGUUUCCGGCUGCCUCGAGCACUCGCUCUGGCGAGCCUGGUACCCAUGUAUUAGCUGGUGGCCAACGGUUUCCUACAGAGGGCUUCAUGGUUUGGUCGCUGCACCAGGCACUACACCGUGACCCUGCUCUGUGGAAUAUGCCAGACGCCUUCCGGCCCGAGCGGUGGCUGCCAGAUCGAGCUGACGAACUCAACCGCCCGCUUCGAGACGCAUGGCGGCCAUUCGAGUUCGGACCGCGCAAUUGUCUAGGCCAAGAACUCGCUGUGCUGGAAAUAAAAGUGGUUCUAGUCAUGCUUGUACGCACAUUCAAUGUUAUUGUGGCGUACGAAGAGUGGGACAGGCUACAGGGACAUCACGAUGGAAAGCCACAUAACAUGACAGUAGCAGGCGAAAGGGCCUAUCAGGUUGGAAUGCAACAUCCUAGCGAGGGGUUUCCUUGUAGAAUACAAGUACUCACUUCAUAG